GUAGUCGAUGAAGUAGAGUCUACUGUAGAUACAGAUGGGAUACAGACUUUAAAAACGAUCUAACAUUUCCAGUUUGUCGAGAAGUUAAUUCAGCAUUUUAAUGGAUACCUAUGUGUGAUAAAUGUACGCAUUUGAUUGUAUGCUUUGUCUGAUUGACAGUUUUUCCAUAUAGCCGAUCUAUGCUGAAAGGAUAUACAGUCAUGGAGCGAUCAUUAAUUAUAGUGGUGGUUAAGAAAGCGCCGAUGAAAUCGGCCACUGUCAAUAAAUAAAUGGAGACUGCGAGGACUUGUAUGAGAAUGGGUAACAAGUGUUCUAUAAAGAGGCUGAUACGAGGUUAACUUCAUUCACUGGAAACUUCAGAUUUGGGGAACAUGAAGUUGUCUUCAGUCAGAAUGGGAGUCGUCAAGGUCAUGUUGCUCAUCUUUUUGGCCAUUCUGUUGUCUGACUGUGCAAGGGGACCUCCGCUGGUGGCUGAGAGGGUGGCCCAUAGACAGUCAGUGCACCUGGGGAGUUCCAUCAAGCUGCCAUGCCCUGUUGAAGGAGACCCGCCACCCCUCAUCAUGUGGACCAAAGACGGCCACAACAUCCACAGCGGCUGGACCCGCUUCCGCAUCCUCCACCUGGGCCUGAAGAUCAAGGAAGUGGAGGUUGAGGAUGCUGGAACAUACAUCUGCAAAGCCACCAACGGCUUUGGCAGUGUCAGCAUCAACUAUACCCUCAUUGUCAUUGAUGACUCUGGUGCUGAUAAGACUGGGCCAGGGGUCCCUGGUGGGGUGGACUCAGAGUAUGACCCUGACCACCUAUCAGGAAAACUAGUGCGUCCCCGCUUCACACAGCCUGCUAAAAUGAGGAAACGGGUGAUUGCCCGCCCAGUGGGGAGCUCUGUGCGGCUGAAGUGUACAGCCAGCGGUAACCCUCGGCCAGACCUUGUGUGGCUGAAGGACGACAGGCUGCUGACGGAGCGCGAGGUUGGAGAGGGGCGCCAGAAGAAGUGGACUCUGAGCCUGAGGAACCUGACCCCGGAGAACAGCGGCAAGUACACCUGCAGAAUCUCCAACCAAGCCGGGGAGAUCAACGCCACCUACAAAGUGGAGGUCAUACAGCGAACCAACUCCAAACCCAUCUUGACGGGCACUCACCCGGUCAACACCACAGUGGACUAUGGGGGCACUACCUCAUUCCAGUGCAAAGUGAGGAGCGAUGUCAAACCGGUCAUCCAGUGGCUUAAGCGUGUGGAGUCCAACGGGGAGAGUCGGUACAAUUCCACCAUCGAGGUGGGCGACCAUCGCUUUGUGGUGCUGCCCACGGGAGAGGUGUGGUCACGCCCUGAUGGCUCCUACCUCAACAAGCUGCUCAUCACCCGCGCCAAGGAGGAGGAUGCUGGCAUGUACAUCUGUCUGGGUGCCAACACCAUGGGCUACAGUUUCCGCAGUGCUUUCCUCACCGUGCUGCCAGACACCAAGCCACCCAUCCCCCCGAUGUUCACCCCAGCCUCCAGCACCCUACCCUGGCCUGUCAUCAUCGGCAUCCCUGCUAGCAUGGUGUUCAUCUUUGGUACAGUGCUACUGUGGUUCUGCCAGAGUAAGAAGCACUGUUCCCCUCCCAGCACUCCGGCUGCGGCUGCCCAGGUCCUGCAGGCCUCCCACCGGCUGCCCUACCAGGAGAGGGACAGGAGCUGUGUGGCCCACUUCUCCACUUCCUCCAGCCCAGAGAAGGACUGCCUGGGCUCCAUAAACUAUGAGGAGUAUCUGGCUCAGCAGCAGCUUCUCCUCACUCAGGGGGUCUCUGUCCUACCCCCCAAAAUCUACCCCAAAAUCUACCCAGACAUCCACACUCACAUCCACUCCCACCUGGAUGGGAAGGUGCACCAACACAUUCACUUUCAGUGUUAGCCAUGUGCCAAAUAUAAUAAUAUAUGCCAUUUAGCCAAAGCAACUUAUAGUCAUGCGUGUAUACAUUUUAAGUAUGGGUGGUCCCAGGAAACGAACCCACUAUCCUGAUGUAGCAAGAAACAUGCUCUACCAACUGAGCUACAGAGGACCAAAUGUAAUGUUGUCCCCUUCUCUGUGCCUCUGAAGAAUGGCAUCGUACAGUGAGGGUCUGAGCUGUGGACUGAACCUCAGAGAACAGCUCUCUGGUUGUACCUGCAUACCUGCCUAGUCCUUGGUGCAACUUGUUUCAUAUCAACACCACUAAAAGACAUCAAACCCCGAUGUGCACUUUGUACACAAAUCCCCAAGGGAUUCUACAAUGUGUUAACGGCUAUUCAGACUUACUGAGAGGGCUAUGGGUCGUUCCACCAAUUUGGUGCCUUUUGAGAUUUUUUUUUUUAAAUUUAAUUUUACAUUCUGUCAUAAAGAUCACAUGUUCGACUUCAUAAAAAAAGUUUUCCCA